UUAAUGUGUUUUAAUUAGUCUCUAUCCCACGUUUUCUUCGAAAUGGAGCCAAAAUGUCGGACCAAAAUGAACUUUCCAACAUCCUCCCAACAAAGUUUAUCAUUUUCUGACCAUGUCAUCCCCCAGCUCAUAGAUUCCUCCGAAAGAAACAACAAAUGCCUGAUCAACAUUUUUACUUCACAAGUAUACCCUCUAUUGUAAUUUUCCCGUUUGCCAUUUCCUUUCUUUAUUUGCUCCCCAGAAAGAGCUAUGCAAUUAGUCAUCUUCUUGAGCUCUCUGUUUCGGUUUCUGUUUCUGUUUCUGUUUCUGUUUAUUGUUCUCUGUUCUCUUGCCAAGCUAUUGCACAAGCUAUGGUGGAACCCACUCAGAAUACAGAGGAUGAUGGCCCAGCAGGGAAUCACCGGCCCUCCCUACAGGUUCCUCCAUGGAAGCACCAAGGAAACAAUCAAGAUGAAUAUGGAAGCCAGGAACACACCCAUGAGCAAUCUCUCUCACGACAUAUUCCCUAAGAUUCAGCCUCAAAUCAACACAUGGAUAGGCACAUAUGGGAGAAAUUACUUGAGUUGGCUCGGACCUCAAGCACAACUAGUCAUCACAGAGCCAGAGCUGGUUAAGGAGGUGCUGCUUAAUAGAGAUAAAACAUACCCGAAAACAGGAAGCAAGGACUUCUCCAAGAAGCUUCUAGGAGAUGGGCUUGCAAGCACACCUGGCGGCGAGAAAUGGGCGAAGAAGCGUAAACUUGCCAACCGUGCUUUCCAUGGGGAAAGUUUGAAGAAUAUGGUACCGGCAAUGGUGGACAGUGUUCACACAAUGCUAGGAAAAUGGAAGAAUCAAGAAGGAAAGAGAUCGAGGUGUUUGGAGAGUUUAAGGUACUGACAUCUGAAGUGAUUUCAAGAACUGCGUUUGGAAGCAGCUUCGUCGAAGGAAGGAACAUUUUUCAGAUGUUGACAGGAUUGAGCUUGUUAACAUCCAGAAAUGCUUUCACUAUAAGGUUACCCGGACUAAGAAUCUGAGUUUCAGUUAGGCCUGAAAAACUAUGGAAUUUGUUCUGAAUCCUGCUGACAGUAAGCUUUGGAAGACAGUGGAUGAAGUCGAAGCAGAGAAACUUGAGAAAGGCAUACGCAAUUCCAUCGUACAGAUGAUCAAGAGAAGAGAGAAGAAGGUGAUGGCUGGUGAAGUGGAUGGCUUUGGGGAUGAUUUCCUAGGACAGCUUGUGAAGGCUUUGCACUAUGUGGACAAAAGCAAAAAAAUCACGGUUGAUAAUCUGGUGGACGAGUGCAAGACAUUCUACGUUGCUGGACAAGAAACUGCCAAUUCAUUGAUGGCAUGGAUGUUAUUCCUCCUAGCGAUUUAUCCAGAGUGGCAAGAGGAAGCAAGAAUGGAGGUUCUUAAUGUAUUUGGGAAUAAAGACCCUGAUUUUGAUGGACUUGGAAAACUAAAGAAGAUUAGCAUGAUCAUAAAUGAAACUCUGCGGUUGUACCCUCCUUUAGUUGGUUUGAAUCGAAAAGUUGGCAAGAAACAAAGGUUAGGGAGGCUUGUUCUUCCUGCUGAUAUUCAAAUCUUUGUACCAAUUCCUAAGCUUCACAGUGACCCUGAAAUCUGGGGGGCAGAUGUGCAUCAAUUCAAACCAGAGCGAUUCUCAGAAGGUGUAGCUAAAGCUACCAACAACAAUGCGGUCGUGUUCAUCCCCUUCGGCUUUGGACGUCGAUCUUGCGUUGGGAUGAGCUUCGUGAUGACUGAAGCGAAAGUCGCCCUUUCAAUGAUCCUCCAACGCUUCACCUUUGAAUUGUCCCCAGCGUAUAUCCACUGCCCAGUUUAUAAUUUCAUGAACCGCCCGCAACAUGGACUUCAAAUCAUAUUUCAUCCUCUUCAGUAAUUCAUCACCACAUGAUGUUCAGUUGCAAAUGUCAAUUUGACAAAGGCUUGUAAAAUUCUUGUUUCCAGAGGCUUGUGAUAUUUGUAAAGGUAUAAAGACAUCUUUCUCUUAAUAUCCA